UCUGGAUAACGGUUUCUAUAAACUUAUUCUUGUGAAGUAGAUAUUUUCCGUUAGCGGAAACAAUGGCAGUUAUUCCAACUGUCACCGUGUUAUCAUCAAUCAGCGCACGCUUACUGUCCAUCCCGCGCACGUUAGCCACAACUGCUAUAGCUUCAUCUUCUUCUCUCUGCUACUUGAACAAGGGUAGUUAUCCUCUGCAACGCCGGAGUACUAUUCUACCGGCGAGGAAGCUCCUGAUACGAGCAGCAAGAACAGAGUCCAAAGGCGUCUCUCUUGGCUUUAGACCUCCCAAUUUUGAGCUUACGGAGCCGCUCACUGGAAAAGUUUGGAAGCUUGAUGAUUUUGAAGCAUAUCCUGCAUUGCUGGUUAUGUUCAUCUGCAACCAUUGUCCAUUUGUCAUACAUUUGAAGAAGGAUAUUGUUAAACUCUCAAAUUUCUACAUGAAGAAAGGUCUUACGGUGGUAGCAAUAUCUUCAAACUCUGUAGUUACACAUCCGCAGGAUGGACCUGAAUUCAUGGCUGAUGAUGCGAAGCUCUUUAGAUAUCCUUUCCCUUAUCUUUAUGAUGAGUCACAAGAAGUUGCACGAGAUUUUGGGGCUGUUUGUACACCAGAAUUUUUCCUGUUCAAAAAGGAUGGCAGAAGGCCCUUUGAGCUAGUGUAUCAUGGACAAUUUGAUGAUUCAAGGCCAAGUAACAAUGUGCCUGUCACAGGAAGGGACUUAAGCCUAGCCAUAGAUUGUGUACUUAGUGGCCAGCCAGUUCCAUCAACUCAAAAACCCAGCAUUGGUUGCAGUAUAAAAUGGAGUCCAGGGGGGAAGCAGUAAGCACCAUCUCAGCUGUCUAUGAGGUUUUUCUCAGCAACACGUUUAGGUGCAUCAGAUUAUCCACGUAGCGGAUGAUGAGCAUUGGAGUACUGGCACAUCUGUGUUACUUUGCUACGCCUCUUCUAGCAUAGUGAGUUGAGCUUCGAGCUCAAAGCUUUCAUUAGGAGACCUGAGAUUCUUUGAUAUGCUACUUAUCACACUUCAUGUAUAUAUUACUUCCUUCGUAUUUCCUAGCAAAGCUCAGCUUUUUACAUUGUAUGUGCUGUCCUUACUUAUGAAAGGGUUGAAAUACUAUUUCUGUAAGAUUUAAUGCCAGCUCGGGGAAUAUGUUCUGGAGGAGCCAAAAAUAAAAGAAAUUGUUGCCAAAUGGAGCAAUAUGCUAUCAUGAUUGGCAAAAAUAUGAGCCAGUCACUAAUUUUUGUGCUCUUUGAUACUGUAACGUGGAGUUCUGUUCCUCCUAGUGAUUUGUAAAUCAUUGUAUUUUAUUCCUUCACCUUCACUUUCACUU